AUGUUGGGUGCUGCUCCUUAUGGUCAACGACGUCGUCCUAUUGGACCUUAUCGAACUAAAUCGCCACUGGAUAUUGCUUGGAGAGUAACAUGGCCAUACUUUAUUACAACUAUUCUUGCUACUAUGAUGAUACUAUGUACUCUACUUAUUGGUGCACUAGAAAUAGCAUCAUUAUCUAAAAGUACAAGUACAGCUCUAUAUGGAAAUACUUCUUCAACGGGUGCUGGUAUUUGGUGUAGUCUAUUUUUUUCUAUUGCUUGUAUACUUAUUCUUCUUAUAAAUUAUAUGCCUCAUGUUCGUUUGUGGGCUACAAUAGCUUUUAUUGCGAGUAUUAUUGCUGUUUGUUUUGCUAUUAUUCUUAUUGGCUUAGAUUCUAAAGCGAUACAAGAUGGACGAGCAUAUAAUAGUCUACCUGUUAAAACCCAGAUUCUUUGUGCACAAUUAGCUUUUGCUAUUGUAGAAUUACUACUGUGUUUUGUCUAUAUUGGCAUAUAUAUAAUGGUUGUUAUAUUGGCUCCUAGUCGUAUCCGUCGAACCCCACGAGUACUUAUUCGUUAG